AUGAAUUCUCAUCUCUCCAUGUUCAUCUUUCUUAUCACUCUCUUAACAAUCUCUUCUUUUUCCUCAUCACAACCUUCUUACAAAGAUCACUGUUCUUCCAUAAUCACAGAAUCAACUCCCAAAAACCUCAUCAUCCAUAACUCUUUCCCUCUUGGAGGUUACUUCACAGGAGGUUCAGGAAUCAUCCAUGAUGAAACUUCCUUCAUCGAAUACUCUUCCUUUUACCUUUCAAACAUACAAAUCCAUGAAACUAUAAACACUGACUUGUUCAAAGUUGAAUCCACUGUUUCAUUCAGAACCAAACCAAACACAGUUUACUAUAAUGUAUCAAGCUUUAGCUAUGGUGACAAACCAAGUUAUAGAAGUCAACGCCACUUCCGAUCAAAUUAUGUAACUUUCAAGCUUGAAGGGUUUUGGUCAAAAUCUUCAGGUAAAGUUUGCAUGGUUGGAACAGGAAUUAGUUAUUCUGAAACAGGUGAUUCUCUUGAUCAUGAUGCUGUUUUAAAGCUUAACAAUGUUUUCGAUUCAAGUAACAUCACUAGUUUCAUUAGUGGAAGCUUAGAGAGUUUGAAUUCUGAAAAGGGUGAUGAGAAAAAUCAUUACUUUGAAACCAUUUCUUUAAUGAUGUUUUCAAAAGCAAAUUAUAGUUAUAGUUUGGAUUCUAAAGAAGUUGAAAAUGAAUUCUCUUUUGAAAGUGAAGUUUCUGAGAAAAAGGGUUUGUCACUAAAUCCAUAUUCAUCAAGUUUUUGUUCAUUACCACUCUCAAGAGCUCUUAAAAGACUUCAACUAGAGUACACUCAUGAAUGCAAUUCUCCAAAGAAUUGCAGUCCUGUAGUUAGUGAUCAAUUGCCAUAUAUGAUGUCUUUGAAAGGUGCUGAAUGUUCUCAUACAGAUAAACAUAGGUUGAAGGUUUUGAUGGUUUUUUCAAAUAAAAGUGAUUAUUGGAUUGAAAAAGGUUUCAAUCCGAAAACUAUGUUGAUAGGGGAAGGAUGGUGGGAUGAGAAGAAAAAUGCUUUACAUGUAGUUGCUUGUCAUUUCAUUGGCAUCAUGAAAUCAUCUUGGGAUGGAACUCGUAUUGGCGAUUGCUCGGUAAGAUUAAGAUUGAGUUUGCCUUCGGUUUGGUCAAUCGAAAAUACUAAUAACAUAGUUGGAAAAAUUUGGAGUAACAAAACUGCUAAUGAUCCAAACUACUUCAAGAUGAUAACAUUUAGAAUUUUCGACGAUGCUAGGGUUGGAUAUCGAGCGUCCAAGUACGAGUAUAGCAAGCUUGAAAAAGUUAAGAAAUCAUGUCCAACACACAAGGUUGUAGAGAACAAAGGGAGAACAAUAUUUCCAAAUGUUUAUUCUUAUGAUAUGAGAUUUGGUAUGUCAGUUAGAGAUAUAGAGUCCAAUAUAGAAGUAGCAUUUGGUUCUUUGGCUCCUUUAUCUGUUGGUGAGCAAAUUUAUGAUGAUCCUGCUUAUACUUCAAACUCAAACUUCACAGCAGAAUCUCCUAUGGUGAUGUUCAACAAUGCUAGCUUGUUUAACAUUAGCUACAAGAUUACCAUAUUUUCCAAUGCAACUUUAUAUAACAGGAAUUCAAUGUUUAAUUUGUCUUCUUAUAGAGUGACGAUUUCUGCAGAAGGAAUUUAUGAUGCUAGAACAGGAACUUUGUGUAUGAUUGGUUGCCGCAAUCUCAACUCGAAAGCUGGAACACCAUUAGCUGGAUCUGUUGACUGUGAGAUUCUAUUGAAGUUUCAGUUUCCAUCAUUGGAUACAACAAAUGGAAGCCACAUUAAAGGAAGUAUCGAAAGCAUGCGCGAAAAAUCAGAUCAUCUUUACUUCAAAAGUUUAGAGGUAUCUUCAUAUGGAAUUUACUCUGAAACGGCAAUAAAAGCUGUUUGGAGAAUGGAUAUGGAGAUUAUCAUGGUUCUGAUAUCUACCUCUUUAUCAUGUGUUUUCAUCGCAUUGCAACUAUACCAUGUGAAGAGAAAUCCUAAUGCGCUUCCCUUAAUCUCAAUUUCCAUGAUGUCAAUUCUCACAUUAGGUCACAUGAUACCACUUGUUCUCAAUUUUGAAGCAACUCUUGCUCAAGAUCUUUACAACAAAAACUUUGUGGUUGGAUAUGUUGGAUGGCUUGAAGUUAAUGAAAUAUCUGUAAGGAUAAUCACCAUGGUAGCUUUCUUGUUGCAAUUCCUCCUCCUUCAAGUAACUUGGUCAUCAAGAAAGAUUAACGAAAGCGAGAAUAGACUCUGGAUUGCUGAGAGAAAGGCUACCUAUGUGACUUUCCCCUUGUAUGCAGCUGGAUUAUUGAUUUCAUUGCUUUUGAAGUUGAAAAGAGAUGAUUUUCAUUAUGAUACAUCUUGGGAGAAAAUGAAAUCGUACGGUGGUUUGGUAUUGGAUGGAUUUCUUCUGCCGCAAGUCAUUCUAAACCUGUUUUCAAAUAUGAAUGAGAAUGUUCUUUCAUGUUCAUUUUACUUUGGAACUACUUUUGUUAGACUUUUGCCACAUGCAUAUGAUCUUUACAGGGCUCAUAAUUAUGCUCGACUCAGCGAUGGAUCGUACUUCUAUGCAAAUCCAAAUGCAGAUUUUUACUCCACUACUUGGGAUAUUGUCAUUCCUUUGGGAGGUAUCCUAUUUGCUGUCAUUAUCUACUUGCAGCAACGUUUUGGUGCUCAAUGUGUUAUACCUCAAAGAUUCAAAGGGUCAGAAUAUGAAAAGGUGUCUGUAGUGGCUGAAUCAGAAGCUUAA